CGGUUUACUAAAGAAUUAAGCAUUAUUUGCACCCGCACACAAGACCGCGACUGUUUCUCUCUCGAUGGUCGUUUCCAUUCAAGUACAGGGCUGAAGAUUUUGUGCGGCGAAUUUAAAAAAUGACGUAAGCUAUGACUCUCACCAAUUGAGAGCGAGCUGCGCAGUUUACAUUUAAAUAUUUUUCCCUUUUAAGGACGAAUCUCCGCCUUUGCCAAGUCCAUGCGUGUCCCCCCAGAGAGCGAAGAGCUUCCAAACCCGAGAGAAGGUGCGCUCCGUUGGGACAGAGGAGGCUGAGAGAGACGGGGAGGGAGGGAAUGAGAUUUCUUGCUACCCAAUCCCCCUUUUCCCCAGGGAGCGCGAGCCUUCCCUGGUCCAUCCCUGCCUCUUGUUUGGACAGCCUCCCACGGGGAGCUUUGACCAUGAAAGAGGAGCCUCUUACGAGCGGCAUGACACCGGUCCGCUCGUGGAUGCAGAGCGCGGGGAUUUUGGACGCGAACACGGCGGCUCAAAGCGGCGUGGGCCUGGCCAGGGCUCACUACGAGAAGCAGCCGCCCUCCAACCUGCGCAAGUCCAACUUCUUCCACUUCGUGCUGGCGCUGUACGACCGGCAGGGCCAGCCCGUGGAGAUCGAGAGGACCUCCUAUGUGGACUUUGUGGAGAAGGACAAAGAAUACAAUGGGGAGAAGACCAACAACGGCAUCCACUACAGGUUACAGCUUCUCUAUAGCAAUGGCAUCAGGACAGAGCAGGACCUCUAUGUGCGGUUAAUAGACUCCAUGACCAAACAGCCAAUCCUGUAUGAGGGCCAGGACAAAAAUCCAGAGAUGUGUCGUGUCCUCCUCACGCACGAGAUCAUGUGCAGUCGGUGUUGUGACAAAAAGAGCUGUGGGAACCGAAACGAAACCCCUUCAGAUCCGGUCAUCAUCGACAGAUUCUUCCUGAAAUUCUUCCUCAAGUGCAAUCAGAACUGUUUGAAAAAUGCAGGGAACCCAAGGGAUAUGCGGAGGUUUCAGGUGGUGGUGUCCACGACAGUCAACGUAGACGGCCAUGUCCUCGCCGUCUCCGACAACAUGUUCGUCCACAACAACUCCAAACACGGCAGGCGGGCCCGGCGCCUGGACCCCUCUGAAGCCACACCCUGCAUCAAAGCCAUCAGCCCCAGCGAGGGGUGGACAACAGGGGGCGCCACUGUCAUCAUCAUUGGCGACAACUUCUUCGAUGGGCUGCAGGUGGUCUUCGGCACCAUGCUGGUCUGGAGUGAGCUCAUCACGCCCCAUGCCAUUCGGGUCCAGACACCACCGCGACACAUCCCCGGGGUUGUGGAGGUCACGCUCUCCUACAAGUCCAAGCAGUUCUGUAAAGGAGCACCGGGCCGCUUCGUCUACACAGCCCUGAACGAGCCCACCAUCGACUACGGCUUCCAGAGGUUACAGAAGGUCAUUCCCAGACACCCGGGAGACCCGGAGAGACUACCCAAGGAGGUCCUUCUGAAGAGGGCGGCAGAUUUGGUGGAGGCCUUGUACGGAAUGCCCCACAACAACCAGGAGAUCAUCCUGAAGCGUGCAGCAGACCUGACUGAAGCCCUUUACAGCGUCCCUCGUAGCCACAACCAGCUUCCCUCCCUGACCGGCUCUGCCGCUCACUCUGGCAUGAUGGGGGUCAACUCCUUCAGCAGCCAGCUGGCCGUCAACAUCUCCGAGGCCUCGCAGGGCGAUCAGGGCUACUCCCGUAACUCCAACAGCGUGUCGCCCCGCGGGUACGUGCCCAGCUCCACGCCCCAGCAGUCCAACUACAACACCAUCACUUCCACCAUGAACGGCUACGGCGCGGCCGGCAUGACCAACCUGGGGGUGCCCGGGUCCCCCGGCUUCCUCAACGGCUCGUCCGCCAGCUCCCCCUACGCAAUCAAACAGAAGAGCGCCUUCGCCCCUGUCGUGCGGCCACAGACUUCCCCGCCCCCCACCUGCACCAGCACCAAUGGGAGCAGCCUACAGGCCAUGGCUGGUCUCAUAGUCCCGCCCAUGUGAGGACGGACGGAGGCCCACGGGGCUUUUCGUCCUAGAGGACGGACUUCAGAAUCACUGGCCUCCCGAAAUCUCUGUCAGACCGCCACUUUCCAAAAAAACAAAACAAAACAAAACAAACAAACAAAAAAAAACCCCACCAACCACCCCCAUCCCACAGAGGAACGUCAGACCCGCAGAGUCCCGGAUCGCCCGAAAGACCAAAGGACUGAAGCCGGCUCGGGUUGUGGAACUGCGACGCCGUCACGCUCACACCCUCCCGUCUGAAGCGGCUCCCGCUUCCCGUCGGGCUUCGGUACAGGGGAACCUCGAACGUCUUCACCCUGCACCUCCACAGAAAGGAAACAGAGAGAGUCCAAAACGUUAUCUCCACAGGGCACUGUGGGAAAUUCACCCAAAGCCUCGUGAAGUCAAAAAGAAAUUUAUUACAGCAUUACGAGCAGGAAAAUGAAAUUACGUAGCAGCUCUGCUAUCUAAAUCUAAAUUAAAUUUAAGCAAAUUACAUUUUUUUUUUAAAAGUGCAAGAAUUCAUUUUCGUAUGUAAUCAAAUCCGUUCCUUGGAUCGGUCGUACGUGCGAGACUUUUGCGAAGGGCAGCCCCUGGAGCUUAAGAGCUCUCGAAGCACACUGUGGAGAGAUGUUUUAAACGGUAGCAGCGCGGCUGCGGUGCGAGGAGCGCUCUCUCGGAGGUCGGCGCGCGCGCUUUUCGCGUAGGUCGACGAGGUCCGUCCGCACCGUCGUGAUUCUGUAGCUGGAAUACGUCACUUUCCGCCGAUGGCGUAUUUAGUCGUUCGGUCACUGUGAACAAAGGAAGAGUUUUCUUCACAAGCUUGCCACUGGUCGCGGAGGUAAGGACCAGUUCCUGGAAAUGCAGCAUUCCCUCCUCUUUCCUUGACAAUUCCCACACAACUGAUAGGACUCAUUUAGUCCAGCACAUUGGACUAAAAUAAAAUUACUAAGAAAUUUAAUAUACAAUUAGCCCGGUUACUUUUUCCCAUUAAUUACAUAUUGAUAUGAGCUGCUGAUUCAGCUCUCACUGGGAUCAUCAAACAAUGUGUGAAUUAUAAAUAAAAAAACUACGCUUGCUUUUUUUAAGGACAAACUGCAAGGUAGACUGAUUGAAUAGACUCUUUUUCCCCCUGUACUCUGAUGGUCUGAUGUUGUUUUCUUUUGGUUUGUUUAUUUUUUUCUUUUCGUAUCGUAGCUACUGAGUUUUUGAUUCAAUUUCCGUGAUUGAAAUACAUUGCAGAUUAAUACCAGCAACCGCAUGAUCACCUCUGAGUAUGUUUUUUAUAAUAAAAAUGUGUGUUUAUCAUAUUCAGAGGGUAAUGUAGUGCUUUUUGGGGGCUGAGAGUGGGAUUGGUAUAUGCUGUAGUUGACCCUCCAUACUUACCCUUAUUGGAAUGUAAUGUAUGUUACAAUAUGAAAUCCACAAUAUUAGGAAUAUAUUUUAAAACACAUGGACUACAUAUGAAAAGGUUAAUUAUUGCCAGUUUCAUCUUUUUAAACUUAUGCAACUAUUAUUUAAUAUACUAUACAUUUGCAUAUCUUGUAAAAUACAUUCUGUAUUAUUGUGCUAAAAUAUGGCAAUAAUGGAAUUGAAUCGAAUUACAAUAUAUUCCAUAAUUUGGAUUGCAUAUUUUGAGAUAUGAUACUAUUUCAUAAGGGUAUGAUGAGGGUUCCAUUAAAAAAAAGGUUUUAUUGAUAAAUGUUUGUCUUUUGGCUUUAGUUCCUGCUCUUCAAAAAUGGAUCACGUCUGAUUGAUAGCAGGGAAAACCCCAAGCAUUUGGGACCAAUAGAUUUGGGAGGUGAAAUGUGUUCAAAAUAAACCACGGCCCAAAUAGAUUUGUUUCCAGGUUCGUGCAUCUGUAGAAUUAAAUCCAAGAACGCUUGCUGCGAUUUGAAUCACGUUUAGGUGCCGGGUUUAUCGUUCAACUUCUUAUUGUGCUUUUUUGUAUGUAUUUAUAAAGUAUGUUUUGGGAUUUCUUUGGUGAUUUAGGCCUGAAUAAUAGCAGCAAAUAUAUGUAAAACACAUUUGAUGUCUUAAUACCUUUUAGAUAUUGUAAAAAUAAAUAAAUACAAAACAAUGACAAAAAUACACAAACACAUAAAAUAAACUUUUGUAAAAACGAACGAAAAGAAGUCCUGAACACGAUCAGAUCGCCCCUGGUUUUUUAAAACAGGAAGCUCCAUCUCUUUUGUAUAAAAAUGAUUUCCGAUACUAUAUUUAACUUUUUUGUAUACAGCGGUUGUGUUUUUUCCCCCCCUCGCUCCUCUUCUUGUCUUCUGUGUAUUAUUGUGAAGAGUGUAUAAUCAUAGUUAUUUCUUAAUGCACUGUUUUAGUUGGAGCACUUAUGAGAGCAAUGCAUCUUAGCAAGCAAAAAAGACAAAAAAAUUUAAAAUGUGUAGGACAAAUAUGCACCAAUAUGUUUUUUUACCCUUUUGAAGGUGCUUUGCCUUUAUUUUAGCUCAUCUUAAGGGAGACUCAGCUUUUAUCAUGGGGAUUUUAUAAUUCUGAAAUGGUCAUGUUGUAUUUCUCCAUGUAGGGCUUCAUCAUCAGAGGUUAUUUUCAUAUCAACCACGUCACAUAAUCUGAUGCUUAGUGCUGACCGGUGAACUUGUUUUUGCCAUUUUUUGCUGUAACCUGUGCUCAAAUCUACAUGCUGUGUUUUGGCGAAAAUAAGUACCGUGCUUGUCUUGAACAUAGCUCCAACACGAUUGGUUCAACUUCAAAUCCAGGCACGCCUCCGCCUCAAACUUGGAGGGGCUCAUGGGAAAAAGAUGGCAAAAGUUGAGUGUCCCUUCAAAGCGUAACUUUCCAUUGAUGUUAUCGUUGUUGUGGAUGUUGUUAUUGUCGUUGCACACGAUUCUGUAUCAUUUACUUAUGCAAUUUGUAUUACUGUAAUGCAAGCAACUGUCACUCCACAUUAUUUCCGUGGACUAGUUGUAAAAUUAAAUAAAAGAACAAAAUAUAUAUAAAUGGAUGCCUUACAAUA